AUGUCUGGAAUGUUGGAUGUUUAUCCUUUAUCAGAAAGACAUAUGCGGCUGAUUGUCUCGCAGAAAUAUUUCUCUGAUGGAGCACCAAACAUUGUUAAAGCCAUUAAUGACACUUACAGUGAUCAUAAACACUUAUAUUGCUUUGCCCACAUGUUAAAUCUUAUACACCAAAAGGCUAUUUCAAACAUACCAACUUUGGUUUCACUUCUGACAAAAAUAAAACAAAUUGUCACAUUUUUAAAGCACAGUGUUGUAGCUUCUGACAAAUUAACUUCUUUACAACUCCAAGAUGGGACAAAUAAAGAAUCUAUAUUGAAACUAAAACAAGAAGUUCCGACAAGAUGGAACUCUACUUUUUAUAUGCUAGAAAGAUUUAAAUUAUUGGCUAUAUCAAUGGUUUUGUUUGAAAUUCCUAAUUCACCAUCAAUGAUAAAUGUAACAGAACUUAACGACUUAAAAGACAUAAUAUAUCUACUUAAACCUCUAGAAUUGGUCACUAAAGACAUUUCAGGACAAAACUACAUAACAACAAGCAAAGUCAUCCCACUAGUACAUACUAUAAUGUACAAAGUAGAAAACCUGGAUGCUAAAAGUGAUGUUGGUAAAGCUUUAAGAAAAGAAUUUAAGAAAGCUCACUUCAAAAUACCUAUAGCCAAUUCCAAUGUAAUCCAGUAUGUAAAUAAAGAACUGAAAAAAAUAAUUGACUCUGAUAAACAAACUACUCAACAUUUAAGGCCAGAUCCUAGUUUAAUAACCGAAAGGAAUGAAGACGAUGGGAAUGAUUUAUGGAGUUAUCACAAACAGGUUACCUCAAAUCACUCAAAUGGUAUUGCAAGUUCUAAUUCUGACAUGGAGCCAGAACUUAGGCAAUAUCUUGAUUUACCUUUGGUCAAAAUUGAUGAAAACGUACUAGAAGUUUGGGAGACUUAUAAAUCAGUGUUUCCCAAUCUAUUUAAAUUGGCUCAAAAGUACUUUUCUUCUGUUGCAUCAUCGGUUCCAUCAGAGCGAUUGUUUUCAAAAGCUGGUAAUAUACUCACGGAAAAACGUAAUCGAAUUUCUGAAAAGCGCCUUUCUAAACUUUGUCUUUUACAAACGAUUGCAGAUGAAUACUGGGACAUUUAA